AUGGUGGGCAAGAAAUCGGGCAAGGCCCUUCGCGACGAAGGCCUGGAGCGAACAGACAACAAUAUGCCUCUGACGAACUGGCCGCAGGUCGCACCCAUCAACCAAAAAAACUACUACACCGAAUAUCUCAAGAGAGACGAUCAGUUCCUUGCCUUUCGCCUGGCCAACGAAGAAGCGCGCACCAAGAUGACCAAAAAAGCCAAAGAUCGUGACCGCGCCCGUGCGAUGGACAAGUCGACCGCCAACGACGAAGCGGACGCAGAAGUUGACGCCGAUGCUGACGAAGAUGCAAACUCCGAAGAUGAAGACGACACAGAAACUGAAGCUGCAGGAUCUAAAGUAAUCGUGAUUCACGUGGGCAGUCAAAAUCUGCGGAUCGGGCUAUCGAGCGAUGCGUUGCCAAAGACCAUGCCUAUGGUAAUCGCGAGAAAGUCUCAAAUCAACGAAAGCGACGAGCGAGAAGAGCCGAAGCCGAAGAGACUAAAGCGAGAUGAUGGAACUGACGAAGAUCCCGAGCGAGCAUUUGGUGAAGAGUGGUCCUCUCAUUACACCAAAAUGUCGGCAGACCUCAAAGCCCGUAUGAAGGCGAACAAGAGACGCAUGCUGCCCAACCCAAAGGAGGGUGUUAUCAACUUCAAUCGCAAACAAACGCCGGAUUCAAUCUCAGAGCAUAACGAUCCCGAGCGAGUUGAUUGGACAGAACUUGAGAACCCUGCGCCAGAGUACAUUGUUGGUCAACCCGCCUUAAGGAUUCCCGAUGCCUCCAAGCCCCGCUACAAGAUCAGCUGGCCCAUUCAGUAUGGAUGGUGCAAUGAGCGUGACUACAACAGCAAGCGAAUGCUCUUCACUGAUAUCUCUGUCAUUAUCGAAGAGGCCAUCAAGACUCAACUGGGGCUUACUCGAAAGAAAGAGUGGUCGCAGUACUCCUGUGUCUUCGUCAUUCCUGAUCUGUAUGAAAAGUCAUACGUCACACAGAUUCUGGAGAUGCUGAUGCGCGAAUUCUCGUUCGCUCGCGUCUGCUUCAUUCAAGAAAGCUUGGCCGCGACCUUUGGUGCUGGAUUUACUUCCGCUUGUGUUGUUGACAUCGGAGCGCAAAAGACGUCGAUCUGCUGCGUAGAGGAAGGCAUGUGCAUCGAGAACUCCCGAGUCAAUCUGAAGAUGGGCGGAAACGAUGUGACGGAAACCUUUAUCAAAAUGAUGCUGCACGACUACUUCCCAUAUUACGACAUUAACCUAUGGCGACGAUACGAUUAUCUCCUGGCCGAGGAGUUGAAGAAGAACAUCUGCACCCUCGAUGAGGCUAAAGUCUCCCCUCAGGCAUAUGACCUCCACCUCCGCGUUUCGGGUCAUGACACGCAAAAGCACAAUUUCAAGGUCUUCGACGAAGGCCACUUGGCGCCAAUGGGCUUCUUUGAGCCCACAAUCUUCGACAACCAAAUGAAGCUCACAGGACGACGAAAAUUGAUUGAAAGAUCCACGGACAUCUACGACGGCCAGCCUAACGAUCCUACUUCCGCCGCCCAAUCCGAGAUUAUGACAGCUCUUGCGCCUCCGCUCGCUCCCAAUGAGAAGAUGAAUGGAGAGUCCGAAAGUCAAGCUGCUCCAGCUCGCCCAGCGCUUGGUCGGAUUCAGGAGCAAGAUGCCACUCCGCGGUCCUCGGUCGCCGGAUCUCCUGCGCCGGAGAACGCCGGAACUCCUCAGGCUGGCGGAACCACCGCGCCCGCUUCUGUACCGACGACUCAGUCCGCCCGUGAUCCUGUCGAAUACCGAGAUGAUAUUCUACCUAUCUUCCCUCUCGACAAUGCCAUUCUGACCUCUAUCGCCCAUGCCGCUCGCUCGGAUGAGAAAAAGAUGCGUGAUUUUAUUGGUGGUAUCAUGGUGGUUGGAGGUGGAAGCCUCACGAACGAACUACAUGCUUUCCUUGAGGCACGAUUGAAGGCUCUUCGCCCCGGUUUCUUGAAAGAGAUCAUGAUCGGCGUGCCGCCUCGUGACUUGGAUGCCCAGGUGGUCGUUUGGAAGGGUGCAAGCAUCUUCGGUAAACUGGAUAACACGAAUGACAGCUGGAUCGGCCAGCUUGAAUACGAUCGACUGGGCCAUCGUCUACUGACGCACAAGUGCAUGUGGGCCUAUUAG